ACAUUGAAAAAUCUCUCCGAUACAAAAAAAUCUCUCCAAUACAAGUUUUCUGGGUCUCUAUCACUCGCAGAGAGCCAUGAUCCACCGCACUUUCAGAUCCGCUCCCGUGAUCGGCCGAGUACAGAAAUGCGUUGCCAUGUUCCACCGUGCAAUCGGCGGACAAGCAGAAGCCCACGCGAAAGCCAAGUCAGAAUCGGUCCAGGAGCAGAAGAGAGGGACUCGUAAUCGUCGUAUUCAUCACAAGGCAAUAGAACCAAAAAUUCGUGGAGAUGUAACCAAAAAACCAGAGAGUCGUGGUGAAGUGAUUCGUAUGGGACGUGCCAGUCUUGUGGAUGAUCCUGUUGCGGUGUGGCCCAAGGAAAGAAGGACUUCGAAGCAGAAUUAGCAGCAGCAAAACUUAAAUAUGGUCCUUGUGGAGUUUGCGGAAAGGAGAAAGACCACAGGCUUGCUGAUUGCCCUUACAAAAAACAUAUCCCAAACCCUCUGGAGGUAACUGUUCUUGAUGGUAGGUAUGGAAUAGUUUGUAAGUGUUGUGGUCAACCUGGUGGGCACCCUGGUCGCCGGGGCUGGACUGGACGUGCUAUUCUCAAGUUUUGUAGCCAUUGUAUAGUAUGGGGUGAGCACUGGACUGCAGAUUGCCCGUGUGUUGAGCCCGAUGAAGUUGAGAAAUGGAGAAAGGACAUUAAAGAGGUUGAAUGUUAUUGUUUGAGAGAGGAACCCGAGAAAGAAGAAUUUCUGGACUUAGAACCAUAUUUUAGGGCCGUGCAAAGGAAGGAUGAGGAAAAUGAAUAUGAUGCUUGAGGAAAGGAAUGAGGGACGUGGAGCCUGGGGAACUUGAGGAAUCAUAAACCGAUGCUGCCGCUGCUAUUGAAAUUUGGAGGGCGCGAAGCUUUCCUUUUUCAGGCUUUUAAUUAUUAUGACUUAAAUUAACGUUGAACGCAUGUUAGUGUCGUGUUAAAUUACUGGUCUUGUUUGAAGUGCCAUUACUUAUCUGUUAAGUAUGAAUGAUAUAUGGGAGUCCAUUUUACUAUCUAAGAGGUUGGUUGGUUGUGGGAGAGCCCCAAAAGA